AUGGAAAUAUAUGGUCAAAUUGACUAUGUGCUAGCAGAGGUCCCAUGGAGAUUGCAACCUAUAUUGGAGAGGAUUAAGUAUCUGUUUGGUUUCUUAAAAGUGAAAACUAAACACAUCUAUAGAGAAGCUAAUGGGAUUGCAGACUUUUUAGCAUCCUUUGCUGUUCUGACUGAGAGGAAUUCUGACUUUUCAGCUAGUGGUGUUUUGCCACUUGCUGGGAUGUUGCUGUUGCAGAAGGAUCAGAGCUUGCUACCUACAGCAAGAUUGACAAAGGUUAUUAAUAGAGGUACAUUACCUCUUUUAUGAUCUGAACUGGGCAGACAGACUUGACU